AUGCCAAACUCUUGUGCCGCUCUCCGCGAUGCCCUAGCCCAAUGUCUCCAACAAUCCGACUGCGUCAUGGUUCAACGUCACACAGCCCGCGAAUGUCUCAGUGAGCCGCUUGCCAACGAAUUGCCCGUGAAAUGCCAGCAGCUGCGUAAAGGUUUCGGCGAGUGCAAGCGCGGCCUUAUUGAUAUGCGCAAACGAUUCCGAGGAAAUGCGCCGCUGAAUAUGUCCAAGACUGACAGCGAGGGCGGGCAGCUUUAUGCGGGUAAGCCGGCGUACACAACGGUUAAAGAGAUUAGCGGGGAUGAAGUGCAGAUGGACCCAGAGAAGACGAGGGGACUAUAG